AAAGGCGACCAGGGCUCGACUUCGUUAUUUAAAUAUCUCGCGCCAUUCGGAAGUCCAAUCGGGGGAGACCAGCCGUCUUACGUAAACAAGGGGCAGGUCGAGUUUGGAGGCUUUAUAAGUCACAUUCCGUUUCCUUGUACGCAACUCAACUUACUCCCAUAAGUCCUAGCAAUGGCAAGAACCAAGCAAACCGCCCGCAAAUCUACCGGCGGCAAGGCUCCAAGGAAGCAGCUCGCCACCAAAGCGGCGCGUAAAAGCGCACCAGCUACUGGUGGCGUGAAGAAGCCUCACCGUUACAGGCCUGGUACAGUGGCUCUGAGAGAAAUCCGUCGUUACCAGAAGUCCACUGAGCUGCUGAUCCGCAAGCUGCCCUUCCAGCGUCUGGUCAGAGAAAUCGCUCAGGAUUUCAAAACUGAUCUGCGUUUCCAGAGCUCUGCCGUCAUGGCUCUUCAGGAGGCUAGCGAGGCUUACCUGGUCGGUCUGUUUGAGGACACCAACCUGUGCGCCAUCCACGCCAAGAGGGUCACCAUCAUGCCCAAGGACAUCCAGCUGGCUCGUCGUAUCCGUGGGGAGCGUGCUUAAAUGAAUUGAAGUCAGGAUCCGAAAAUGCAAAGGCUCUUUUAAGAGCCACCUAAAUAUGAAAAAGACUGUUUUCCAACCUGCUUGGUUAGAUUUAAUUUCGGUAUUCUUUGAACUACAUCUGAUCGGACCUGGUAUUCAUUGCAUAAUGUAAUGCUAGUAGUAGCCUAAAUAACUAGUGCUAGCAAGUGAAACAUUACAUACUCACCGAUGACCAUUCACGCAAAUAAGUGUACAAGGGUCAUGGCUACAAUUAUUACACCUUUAGGUUUCAUAGCUUCAGCAUAUCCGACCAAACACCCCUUAAUGUCGUUUUAGUGGUGCACGUGCUCAUUCGCUGGAACACUCAAAUCUGGAUUCUUUAAUGAGCUAGCAGUGAACCUUUACUCUCGAAAAAACUCCAAUGUUGUGUCGCUUAACACUGGAUCAAAGCAUUCGUCACAAAUAUGGACAAAUAAAAGGUACGAGUGAUAAUUACGCUUUCAGCGCAACCCAAGACAUAACAGAAGUAGAGUAGUUUAUCCCCACAAAAUAUCGAGUUGUACGAUAGAUAAAUGGGUACUGUACAACUCAACAGGUUUAUGAUGGAAUUACCUUUCAAAGAGAAUGUUGAGUGGCUCUUAAAAGAGCCGUUGGAUCUUGGGACGAGUAAAACCUUCAGCGUUAC